AUGUCAAAGCUUUCGCUUCUGCACCAUGUUACACUUCCCCGACGCCAGUUGUUGCUUGUGGUGAUGGACGGCGUGGGUAUUGGCCCCAGCGACGAGUACGACGCGGUCCACUUGGCGAAGACACCUUUUAUUGACUCGCACCGCGCCGACGCAAAACACUUUCGUUCCGUCUGCGCCCAUGGCACUUCCGUGGGACUCCCUACUGACGCAGAUAUGGGCAACAGUGAGGUGGGGCACAAUGCCCUUGGCGCAGGCCGCGUUGCGUUGCAGGGUGCCUCGCUUGUUGAUGAAGCCCUCAAAAGCGGUGAGAUAUUCACUAGCGAUGGCUAUCGUUACCUCAACGGUGCCUUCUCGCAGCCAGGACGCACUCUUCAUCUCAUCGGAUUGUUAAGCGACGGUGGUGUCCACUCCCGCGACAACCAACUUUACGAAAUCAUCAAACAUGCCAGUGUGAGUGGAGCAACACGUAUCCGCGUGCACGUCCUCUAUGACGGCCGUGACGUCCCUGAUAAAAGCUCAUUUAAGUUUACGGAUGACCUGGAGGCUGUCCUUGCAGAGGCCCGUAAAAAGGGUUGUGAUGCCCGCAUUGCAAGUGGUGGUGGCCGCAUGUUCGUCACAAUGGAUCGUUACGAGGCGGACUGGUCUGUGGUCGAACGUGGCUGGAAGGCGCAGGUGUUGGGUGAGGCGCGGGCCUUUGCCUCUGCUAAAGAGGCCAUCACAACUUUCCGCUCUGAGGACCCAAAUGUUACGGAUCAGUACUACCCGCCGUUUGUCGUCAGUGAUGCAAACGGCAAGGCGCUGGGUCCCAUUGAAGAUGGGGAUGCCGUGCUCUGCUUCAACUUUCGCGGCGACCGUGUCAUUGAAAUGUCGCGGGCCUUCGAAGAGGAGGAGUUUGACAAGUUUGAUCGUGUGCGCGUUCCCAAGGUGCGCUACGCUGGCAUGAUGCGCUACGACGGAGAUUUGGGUAUUCCCAAUAAUUUUUUGGUGCCGCCGCCCCGCCUUUUGCGGACGAGCGAGGAGUAUCUUGUUGGCUCUGGAUGCCACAUUUUCGCCUGUUCCGAGACACAAAAGUUUGGCCACGUGACGUACUUCUGGAACGGCAACCGCAGCGGCAAGUUGGAUGAGGAGCACGAGACGUUUUUUGAGAUUCCCAGCGAUCGUGUGCAGUUCAAUGAGAAACCUCUCAUGAAGAGCAAAGAAAUCACUGAUGCGGCAAUUGAGGCAUUGAAGAGCGGUAAAUACGAUGUAGUUCGCAUUAACUUUCCUAAUGGAGAUAUGGUGGGACACACUGGUGACCUCGCGGCGACGAUUAUUGGCGUAGAGGCAGUGGAUGCGUCCCUACAGCGGCUGAAGGAGGCUGUUGACGCUGUUAACGGUGUGUACCUUAUUACCGCGGACCACGGCAACUCCGACGACAUGGCGCAGCGCGACAAGAAGGGUAAGCCGAUUGUGGGCGCGGACGGGAAGGUCCUCCCCCUUACCUCGCAUACGCUGGCGCCCGUUCCUGUGUUUAUUGGUGGCGCCGGGCUGGAUCCACGUGUGGGGAUGCGCACGGACCUUCCAAGGGCUGGGCUGGCAAAUUUGACAGCAACCUUCCUCAACCUGAUGGGCUUCAUGGCGCCGGAGGACUACGAGCCAUCGCUCAUCGAGAUAUCCCCGAGCUAA